UGCUUUCUCUCUCAUCUAUUCUCUUUGGACGGCGGCCACGAAGAGAGCUGCAAAUAUUUACAACUUCGUGUAGUGAGUACAAGAAUAAUAUGCCGCGUACAACGAAGGUGGAGAGUCCCAGUUGCCCUCCAUUUAGAGCUUUGACUACCGACGUUCUCGGCCUUGUUAAGGUUAUUGAGACACGGGGAGAGCAAAGUGGAGCUGCUGCAAAGGUGGUGGAGAGAUGGGGUGACCCGGAUUCCUCCAAAAGCGUGGUUUCUGCUUCAAUUCUGGACCGAGAGAAAGACCCUCUGCUGGGUGUUGCCCGAAAAAGUGGUUUGAUAGAUGUGAUUAGUGUUAUAAAUGGGGAUCUUCGUCAUUCCAUUCCUAAUGUCUGUCAAGAUGGAACUAGACCUGAGGAUGAUCCCAUUGUCGGAUUGCAUUUGUUCAAAAAGCAGAGAUCAGAAUCAUCAACAAGGUCAUGCACAUCGCUUACAUGCACAACAAAAGGUUAUGUAAGAAUAGAAUCUUUUGAGGAAAGCAAAUCUCCAGCAGAUUCUAUCCGUGAUCCUUCUCCGACAUCGUGGAAUGUAUGUGGAUCGGGUAAUAUUUUGUGUUCAAAUGUGGAAGAAAACGAAAACUAUGCUUUGUUUGGAGGGAAGGGUGUUGAAGUCAAUGUAUGGGAUCUUCAAAAGUGCACUAAAAUCUGGACCGCAAAAUCUCCCCCUAGAAACAGCCUUGAUAUAUUUACCCCAAUGUGGUUUACGUCUACAACAUUCUUAAGUAAAGAUGAUCAUCGUAAGUUUGUGGCUGGCACAAGCUGUCAUCAGGUUCGUCUUUAUGAUAUUUCUGCUCAGAGAAGACCUGUUAUGUCAUUUGAUUUUCGAGAGACCCCUAUUAAGGCUGUUGUGGAGGAUCUUGAUGGACAUACAGUAUAUAUAGGAAAUGGCUCAGGUGACCUUGCUUCUGUUGACAUACGUGCAGGGAAACUGUUGGGAUGCUUCAUUGGAAAAUGCUCUGGAAGUAUUAGAUCCUUAGCCAGGCACCCAGAACUUCCCAUAAUUGCCUCAUGUGGGUUGGACAGUUACUUGCGCAUUUGGGAUAUACAUUCAAGGCAACUCCUGUCUGCGGUUUUCUUGAAGCAGCAUCUCACCAAUGUUGUUUUUGAUUCUCACUUUCGUACUCAAGAUGCUGCUGGUUCUGCUCCCGAGCCACUAGAUGUGAAUGAGGUACCUUGCCAAGACGAAGAUGAUGAAGCAAUGACCACAAAAAGGAAAAAGACGUCUAAAGGGCAUGGGGACAGUCGAAGCAAGAAAAAGAAAUCCCGGAAAACUAGUAAGGAAGAUUAAAAGUUGAAGAAUAUUAUCAUUUCAUCACCUGGAGGUAUGCUUGAAUACCUUACUGGUAGUAAGGUUUGCUACACAAGUGCGUACUUUGGGUGUAAAGAUUGCUUAAAAGCGCUUCAGCUGGCUGCUUUAUUUAUUUUUUCAAUAGGGGAUCUCGAAAGAAUACUAGAACCGUUUUUUAUGAAGGCGGCCAAAUGAAAUGCAAAUUUUGUGUACCAAUGUUCUUUGUUGAUGACCUUAUGUCUAAAAAGGCAUUAUCUUCAAAAUUAUAGGUAUGACUGUUAGCACAGAUAUUCUGUUUUCAAAUGGCGCUCUUUAAUGUUGGCAAAAUUGCGCAGUAUAUCCUCUGUUAAUUC